AUGAUUUUAGUAAAACAAUAUAGUUUUAACAUAUUCAAAAAUUCUACUUUAGAUUUAUGUAGACGGGGAAAAAAAGAGGAAUUGUGUUACAAUUUUGAAAAUGUGAGCUUAUUAGACUUUAAAAAUAAGGAAUAUAAAGAAAUUUCUAUACAUUCAGAUUUAUUCUAUUUUUUAAAAUUAUAUUCAAAUAUAGACUUCAAAAAUGUGGUUAAUGAUUGGGUAUAUUCAUUAGUAAUAGAUGGAAAAUUAUAUUUAGGAUAUCACAUAUCAUCAUUUAUAUUUUUAGUAGAAGCAGAUUUUGACUACAGUACAUCUGAAAAAAAUGAACAUUUAUCAAGUGGCACUGGUCUAUCAAAAAAAAUUCAUAAGGAUUAUAUGAAAUUUAAAAAAGAAAAUUAUAGUAUUUUUAAAAGGUAUAUAGAAGUAAAAAAUAUCAAAAAUUUUUAUAAUUUGAUUAGUAAUAUAAAUUUAAAUAAAAAAAAUGAAAAUAGUAAUAAAGAACAUCAUAAAAAUUGUAAUUUACUUAGAAGAGAUUAUAAUAAUUUUUCAUAUUCAUUAGGAAAUAAAAACGAUGAAUUUCAUUCAGGUUGUUACUAUAUAGAUAUUUUUAAUAUAUAUCUUUUUUCAAUGUUUGAUAAUAUUAGUCAAAAAAUUAUUUUGAGUAUAUUUCCAGUUCAAAAAUAUGGAUUAGAAAAAGCUAAAAAAAUGGCUCUAAGUUUUGGAAAAUAUGAAGAUUUUAUAAGAAAGUUAAUUGAAGAAAGAAAAACUUAUCCUAUACAUUUUCUAAGUUUAAAGAUGAUGGAUAAUGCAAAUAAUGAAAUGAAUAACAAUUCUUCAAGUAACAUGAAUACAAAUUCUAAUAACGAGAAUAUAUUCUAUUUUUUUCCAAAAUCUUUGAAAAAAAAAAAAUAUAAUUCUAGGUUUUUUACAAAGCAUAAAAAAAUUCAUACUUUAAAAAAAUAUAUUUCAAAAAAAAAUUAUGAUAUUCAUAUAAACUUUUCAUAUGAAAAAAAUAACCAUAUUUUUUUAGAAUAUAAAUAUUUUGGGCUUAAUAAACAAUUAGGAAUAAUUAAAAAAUUAAGAUUUUUGUAUAAAAAUAAUAAAGACAAAAUAUUAUUAAAGAAAAAAUACAUAAUAGAGAAUAAACAAAUUAAACCAGAACAUAUAGAAUUAAUAAUUAAUAGAAGAAAAGUUAUGCAUUUAGAUAAAUAUCCAAAAAAUAUUACUUUAGAAGAAAAUAAUGAUAAUGUUUUUAAUAUUUUUAAAUGGAAGCAUAAUUUAGAGGAACAAUUAAUAACAAAAGAAAAUGUAUUGUAUUCUAAAAAUCAAAAAAUGCAUAAAUUGAACUUUAGAAAAAUAAGAAAGCAUCCUAUUAUGGAAAGUAAUGAAUUAAAAGAAUUCUUAAUUUUUAAGUUAUUAAACAAGAAAAAUAAUUAUUUAGGUAAUAAGGAUUUUAAUGGAAAGGAUAAGAAUAUAUUAAUAGCAUGUUCAAAAACAAAUACUUUUUUAAAACCUAAACAUUUUUUAAAAAUUAAAGAUGAAAUAUGCAAUAAAAAUAAUCUCUUUAAUGAUCUUGCAUAUACAAAAAAAGGGAAAUUUCUUUUGAAAUUUUUAUUAUAUUUUUUAUAUAAAUUUAAUUCAUUUAUUUUAAAAUAUAACAAAAAUAUGGAGAAAUUAUUUUCUUUUAUGCGCCACAAUUACAACUUAAUAAAAAAGAGCAAACAGAAAGAAUUAUUUAAAAAAUUUAUUUUUUGCUUUUAUAAGUCUUUAAUAUUAAAAAUUUCCAAAAAUAUAAUUAAAAAAAAUAAAUAUAAAAUUUUAAAAAAAAAUUCUUCAAAUAAUUUUCCUAAUUCAAAACAGAGGAAUAAUUGUGAAAUAUAUUUCCGAGGUAACACUAUGAAAAAAAAAUAUUUUUAUUUUUACAAAAUAUAUAAUUUGCUUAAAUUAAAAAAGAAUAAGGGUAUAUUUAGAAGUAUUCAAAAUUUUUAUAUUCAUUUUUGUUUAUUCAUUCCAAAAAGUAAUGAUUUAGAAGAAAAAAAACUAGCGGAAAAUUUGGAAUAUAUUUUUAUAAAAGGGUUAAAAGAAAUUAAAUUGAGAAAUAUAAAUUCAGAAGAAAAGGAAUAUUCAGAAUAUAUGGAAUCAUUUUAUAAUGGUAGUAAUUUUAGAAGCUGUAAUAAUUACCGAACAAAAUUUUUUACGGAGUUUAUAAGCAAUAAUUACUCUGAAGAAAAUAUUGAAAAUAAUGAUAGCUCAUAUAUAAAUGAGAAUAAUAAUGAUUUUACAUGUAAUAAAAGUAUAAAUUAUAAAUAUUUAAAAGAAUACCACCACCAUACUGUAUUAGAUAAUGAGAACAAUCAAGGUGAAAAUGAAAAUAGACAUAUUAAUAAGAGUAAUAAUGGAGGUAAUUAUAAUAAUGGUGAAAACAUCCAAAAUAGUAAUAACGACAAUACUAACAAUAGUAACAACAACAAUACUAAUAAUAAUAACAACAAUAGUAAUAACAGCAAUAGUAGUAAUAACAACAAUAGUAAUAACAACAAUAGUAGCAACAAUGAUAGUAACAACAACAGAAACAACGACAACAGUAAUGGUAGUAGUAAUAAUAAUAAUAAUAAUAAUAACAAUAAUAAUAAUAGUAACAAUAAUAAUAACAGCAAUGAUGAUAAUAACAAUGACAAGGAAAAUGAUGAAGAUAAUGAGAAUGAAGAAUCUAAUGAAAAUGAAGAUGAAAAUGAAGAAUAUAACAGUAAUAAUGAAAUUAAUAGUAAUGAUAAUUACAGGUAUGAUGAAAGAGAUAGCAACAAUGAAAAUGAGAAUAAAAAAAAUAUUAAUGGAGAAUUUAAAAAUGGGAACAAAUAUAAUAAUAACACUAACAAAAGUGAGAUCAGCACAAAUUAUUUCGAAAAUAGUUGCAAUAUAAGUGUAAAUAAUAGUCAUAAUGAAUGUUAUGAAGAAAAUAGUCAGUUAUAUAGUCACAAUGAGGAAGGAUUUACAGUAAAUACGAAUCUUACGAAUCAUAAAUCUAGUACACCAAACGGAGCAUUUUUUGAUAAUAUGGCUAAUGGAAAUAAUAUUGAUAAUGAAAAUAACAACUGCGAUAAUGUUUUUAAUAGUAUUAAUAGUUAUCUUAAUAAUUACGUGGAAAAUAAUAAAAGUAAUAUGAAUUCAUUUAAUCAGGAUACUUACAGUAAUAAUGAUGAAAAUAUAUCAAACAAUUCUUUAAGUGUACCAAACAGAUUAAUAGACAAUACUUUAUUAAAUAAUUAUAAUGAAAAUAUUGUAGAAUCCAAUAAGGCAAAUGAAAAUGUUAAAGAGGAAGUUAAUGAGGCUUUUGAUCAUGAUUUUUUCAAAAUAAAAAAAAACAAUACUGACCAACAUAAGAAUAUAGAACCCGGUGUACAAAAAAAAAUAACUAAAAAAAGAAAUAAGGUAAAGACUGAAAAAAGUAGUAAAAGUUUGGAUGAUGAAAAAAAGGAAGUAUUGAAUAAAGUUUCUCAAAUAACAAGAGUAGGUGGUGUUUGUUUUGAUAAAAAUAGACAGAGAUGGAUAGCCCAUUGGAAGAUUGAUGGAAAAUAUCACAAACAUUACUUUCCCAUAAGUCAGUAUGGUUUUGAAAAUGCUAGAGAACGAGCUGUUAACUGUAGAAAGCAAGCAGAAAAACUUUUCAAUUUACCUGAAAUACAGCCAAGAAAUAGGUGGAACCAAAUAAAAGUUAAUGGAACAUCUCAUUUAAAAAAAGCAGCUAAGUUACCAAGAUGUGAAGGAGUUGGUUAUGAUGAAUUGUCUCAGAGUUGGGUAAGUACGUUUGUUGUUCAUAAAAAAUUUUCUAUUGAUGAAUUCGGAUUUUAUGGAGCAAGGGAUAAGGCCAUUUAUUGCAGAAAAGCUUUUGAAAAAGUAAAUGCUAAUGAUAAUUAUGAAUGGCUACUUAAGGAUAAAUUGGGAAUAAGUGAGAAAGAGAAAAAUGACUUAUCUGAUUUAAUAAAUAUAGAUAAAAGUACAUUAGAAAGCAAUGAAGUAGGAAAUAAAGUAAAAAGCGCUUGUGAAAAAAUACAAGUCAAAGAUGAGUCCCCUUCUGAACAGAAUAAUGAGAACUCUUCCGACGUAAAAAUAUCAAAUGAACAAUAUCUAAAAAUAACACAGGAAGCCAUUGAAAUGAUUUUAAAUAAUAUAAAGCAUAAGUCCUUACCUGAAAUAAAAUUGAAAUUAAUUGAUAAGCAGAAAUUUGAAAAUUAUAAUACUUUACUUGAUAAGCAUUUUAAAUUUAUAACAUCUGUUAAAAAUAUUUCUCAACUACGACCUUAUAUAUCUUUAUUUCAUAAAUUUAUUAUUUAUCAUACUCUUCCUCAUAAUAUUUCUUUAAGGAAGCAGUUAUUUAUUAUUGAAGCUCUUGAGUGGUCAUCGUUUUUUUCUGGUGCUGCUAACCAAAAAAUUGAUUAA